AUGAGCAGCGCCCGCUCGCCGUCGCCGGCGCCGCUGGACGACGACGACCUGCUGCCGGAGAUCCUCCUCCGCCUACCCCCGCAGCCGUCCUCCCUCCCCCGCGCAUCCCUCAUCUCCAAGCGCUGGCGCAGCGUCGCCUCCGACCCAGCCUUCUCGCGCCGCUUCCGCCGCCACCACCGCCUCAACCCUCCCCUCCUCGGUUUCUUCCGCGUCGAACUGAGGGACCGCUUCGAGCCCCGCUUCCAGCCUUCCCUCGACGCCCCAAAUCGGAUCCCACCCGAACGCCUCUCCUGGCGAUGGAACGAGGGUGACGACUGCUACGACCUUGUUGGAUGCCGCCAUGGCCUCGUGCUAGUCCUCAACAGAGCGCACACGCAGGUCAUGGUCUGGGACCCUGACACCGGCGACCAGCGCCGCGUCGCCGUUCCCCCGGGGCUCAAAAUUGCUGGAGCCCCGAUCAGCGGGACGGUGCUUCGCGGUGCCGGAGACGACGACCACUUCCAGGUGGUCUUGGUAGGCACUGAUGGUGAGGAGGGACAAGUUACAGAAGCGAUUGCUUACGUUUACUCGUCGGAAACUGGUGCGUGGGGCGAUCCGAUCUCGACACCGCUUCCAUCCAAGCAUGCCGUGGUUUCUGUCAACAAGACUGCUGUGAUGGUUGGGGAUUUCAUUUACUGGUUGCUCAAUUCGGACGAGAUUCUUGAGUUUGAUCUUGAUAGGAAGAGGCUAUCCUUGAUACCUGUGCCUGCGGACUUGGAUUUAGGGAGCGGCAGUUUCUUCUUCUCAGUUAUAAGGGCAGAUGGCGGUGGGCUUGGUUUCAUCUUUUUGUCAGGCUUCAAUGCCCAAUUGUGGAAGAGGAAGACCGAUUCUGUUGGUGUUACUUCAUGGGUGCUGGAAAAAACUAUUGAAAUUGAUAGGUUACUUCCUCCGGAGGAUGUAGAGGCGAGACGGUCCCUAAUGAUACUAGCGUAUGCCGAAGACAAUGACACGGCUCUCAUGUGGACAGGUAUUGGUCUCCGUGGUCGUAUCUUCACGAUGCAGCUUAAGUCAUUGAAGUUUGAGGAACUCUUGCGAAACACCACCUUUGGUUACUUUCACUUAUUCGAAAGUGUUUAUGCUGCAGAAACAUGCAUUGGUGGUGGAGCUGGUCUUUUGCACAACACAUAAGAUGGUUGCCCUGUUAGAUAUGCCAUUGUGAUGUACUGGUUGAGCAGGUAAGCCUA